AGGAAGCCCUCCUGCUCUAGAUGGGCCCAGGCUCUGGGCCGCCCAUGUUUGCUCAGCCAACCCGCGGCAGACGUGGCAGAGCGACGGGCUGGCAGCUGGCUGCAGGUGGGGGAGCCUUCCCUCUGUCCCACCCCACAACGUGGCGGCCUUUCCGCUGCUGGUGAUCUUCAAUCCUCCAGAGAGUUCUCGCCUCCCAGCCCAAAAACUGGGAAGGACCCAUUGAGGAAGAGCUGAACUUCCCUGAAACGUUCCCAAAUUGGCCACAUGGGUAAAGGUGCUCACAAGGAGGCACAGCCCUUGGGGCCAGGCCCAGGGCAGCUCUGAGGAGGCGGCUGGCCACCUCACUGCCCAACCCCACCUCAGACACAGGGCUGCUCUCCACGCUGGGGGGGCUCCUGCUGGCGGCCAGGGUACCCCUCCCAGCUCCUCAGGCCUGACGUCCACCCUUCUUACAGCUGGCACCCAGGCCAAGCAUGGCGACGCCAGACAGACGGUCUCUGCAGCGGACACCUCGUGUGGGCCAGACAAGAUGCCGAGGUGGCCCUGCCCCUGCAGGCCACCAGGCCCCACAGUCACCACAGAGACAGGAGCCAGCCACAAGCAGAAGCCCAAGUCCAGGGCCCCUCCCCAGGCAGGGCCGGCCUGCCCCCGUGCCAGUCCAAGGGCUAGGACCACGGGCCUCCCCAAGGUCCCGAAGAGGGGUGGGGGCUGUGUCUGCUCAGAGAUGCCCCUGCCCUGGUGCCCCCACACCUGUGGCCCGCAGCCACACCGGCUUCACCCACUGCUGCUGGGGACCACCCACCCAGACCCAUGUCGGCACAAAGAGAGGCAAGGGGCCAAGGACUGCGGGUGUUUGGUGGGGCCGCCCCCGAGUGCCAGGGCCUCCCCAGGGAUAGGGGCACCAUCCCCAGGGAAAAUGUUCUCCUGGGGGGACCACACACAGCCACGCCCUGGGAGGAGGAGCGAGCAGGAGGCCAUGCACUGGGAGUGGGGUCUGGGGCCACUUAGGGCAGAGGACAGCAGAGCCAGGGUCUAAACAGGCACAGAGAGGGGACAGUCUGAGGGUGCUACCCUCAUGGGCAGCCCAGUGGGCAAGCCCCUGCCAACCCUGGAACGCGGGCCCAGUCUCACCCCCCUGCCUGACAUGGGUCACCCAUGAUGUCAUGAUGGACAUUGUGACCUCUGUCCCCCUGGGCGCAUCCCUGCACCCUGUCUGCCCCCAGCUCCAGCCUCACACCCAGGCUCUUACAUGCAUGGAGCCCCUGUACUGUUGGUAAGGAGGGACCUUGUGCACUCCAAGGCUGGCCCUGGAUGGUGGUGACCGUCCCCUCUAGGAGGGGUGAUAGGCCUGAGCCCAGGCUGAGAUGGGCCGAGACAGGCUGGCAGCGCUGCCCAGGGACUGCUGUAAAUGGGUGGGAUGAUGCUGGCUGUGCCCGCCAUCCUCUUUGGUCCCACCCCAUUCACAGGCUGGGCCCGUGAGAGAUCAAUGGGGAGCAGCCCAGAGGAGGGGCACCUGCAUCGGCUAAGCCAGCUGGACCAAGAUGCAGACCUCCUGGAUGAUGCUGCCACAGCCAGGCCCCAGGCCGUCCUCCCGGAGAGCCGGCUGCUGGAGGGGGAGAAGCCGCCAUGCAGUACUGGGCAGGGCCCCUUCUUCUACAUCGGAGGCACCAACGGGGCCUCCAUGUGAGUGGUGGGGCCUCGGCUCCUCCCCUAGUGAGCUCCCCUCCCCCGCAGGGCCCCAGGCGCCAGGGCCACUGCUGCCUGCCCCCUGCAGAAUCAGCUCCUACUGCAAGAGCAAGGGCUGGCAGCGCCUCCAGGACAGCCGGCGGGAGGAUUACAUGCUCAAGUGGUGCGAGGUCAAGUGCCGCGACAGCUACCACAGCUUCCGGGAAGGUGAACAGCUGCUGUACCAGCUCCCCAACAACAAAGUCCUCACCACCAAGAUUGGGCUGCUCAGCGCCCUGCGGGAAUACUCGAGGAUCAUGAACAAGACCAACAAGACAGCUCUGUGUGCCCAGGCCAGGGUCCUAAAAAUGGAAGAAUUUUUCCCGGAGACCUACCGUCUGGACAUCAGGGACGAGAGAGAGGCUUUCUUCGCCCUCUUCGACGAAACCCAGAUAUGGAUCUGCAAGCCCACUGCCUCUAACCAGGGCAAAGGCAUCUUUCUGCUCAGGAACCAAGAGGAAGUCGCCGCCCUCCAGGCCAAGAUCCAGAGCAUCGACCACGACCCCAUCUACCGCAAGAUGCCAUUACGGGCGCCGCAGCCGCGCGUGGUGCAAAGGUACAUCCAGAACCCACUGCUGCUGGAUGGGAAGAAGUUCGACGUGCGCUCCUACCUACUCAUCGCCUGCGCCACCCCAUACAUGGUCUUCUUUGGCCAUGGCUAUGCCCGCCUUACCCUCAGCCUUUACAACCCCCAUUCUAGUGACCUCAGUGGCCACCUGACCAACCAGUUCAUGCAGAAGAAGAGCCCCCUCUACGUGCUGCUCAAGGACGACACGGUGUGGAGCAUGGAUCAUCUCAACCGCUACAUCAAUGACAAGUUCAGGAAGACCAAGGGGCUCCCCAGAGACUGGGUCUUCACCACCUUCACGAAACGGAUGCAGCAGAUCAUGGCCCACUGUUUCCAGGCAGUCAGAUCCAAGCUCCAGUGCAAGCUGGGUUACUUUGACCUCAUCGGCUGUGACUUCUUGAUCGACGAGAACUUCAAGGUGUUGUUGAGGCACCCCCAGGUGUGGCUGCUGGAGAUGAACUCCAACCCGGCUCUGCACACCAACUGUGAAGUCCUGAAGGAGGUGAUUCCUGGCGUGGUCACGGAGACCCUGGACCUGGCUCUCGAGACCUUCGGGAAGAGCUCCGGAAGCCAGAAGAUGCUGCCUCUGCGGUCGCAGCGCCGCUUCGCGCUCCUGCACAACGGCGACGCAGACCUACGGCCGCGCCCGGGGGGCUUCCGCAGCUCGCCUCCGCUCCGCGCCGCCGCCAGGCCUCCCGCCUGCCGCCCCGGUGGCGCCCCGGGCAGCGAGCCACCGAGAGCGGGAGGUGGGGACCCUACGCGGGGGCCCUCGCGCAAGGACGCGGGCCACCGGCGCCCCCUCGGGGACCUAUAAAGACCACUUGUUACAAA